ACAGAGAUGGCAGCCAUUCCAAGUGCAGAGUUGAUUUUUCCAUAUGAACAAGAUAGCUUCACUUUAGGCGUACAGGUAGCUGGAAAUGGAGUAUCAAUUGCAAUGAAUGCCCUGAUUGACACUAGAGCAAACAGAUAUGUGUUUUUGAACACACCUCUGGCCAUCAAGCUAGCCCACUUCUUUGGUGUAGGCGCCCUCCCACUGAGCCAAGCCUGCCGCCCUGCCCUGCUAGGGGGUAUGAUGGUAGGAUGGGAGAGCCCAUAACCCAUGCCAUAGUACUGGAUUUGAGAGUUGAUGGAAGAAGGCUCGCGGACACCCCUAUGUUGGUUGCAGAUUUGGGUAAACACGAUGUCAUUCUGGGAAAGAAAUGGAUAGCAGAGAACCAAGUCCUACCUGACUGCGCCGGCAACCGGCUGUUGUGGCCAGAUGAACUGCCUCCCUGGAAAGAAACAGCAAACCAACCAGUGUGGACACUACUGAAGACCAUACUACGAAGGCAGGAUCAAGCGAAGAGCAAGCAAGGAAGGAGAGCAGCCACUACAAAGAUAGACAUCGCUAUGAUUGGUGGAGUUGGAUUCGAGCGGCAUCUCUGAAAAGGCAACUUAAAGAUUUUCGUGACAACACUGGCAGAGAUUGAUAAGAUUAUGUAUGAAAGGAGAGAGAAAGAGCUAGAUGAGGAGUUGGAAACCAUCCGCCAGAGAUUGCCAGACCAAUAUAAAGAGUUAGCUAACGUCUUCGGCAGGACAGCAUCAGACACACUACCACCGAAAUGUUGAUCACCAGCUGGAUCUCGAGGGGGACCCCUCAAAGAUUGGGGUAUAGCCCACUUUAUGAGAUGUCUACCGGGGAACUGGAGGCUGCCCGAGAAUACAUCAUCAACAACUUGAACAAAGGUUUCAUUGUACCCAGUCAGUCACUUUAUGCUUCACCUAUGUGUAUU